CAUCUCACGCUUCAAGCGCUCUCUCUCUUUCUCUCUCUCUCUCUCUCUCUACCUCUUUCUUGCCUCUGUUUUUUCUUUUCUCGUUUCGCUCUUUUGGUGAAGAAUAAUAGCGAAGAGCGGUUUCUGUCUAAUCUCAUUUUCUCUAGGGUUUGUACGAAUCAAAAGCUUGGGCGCGAGAUCCAGAUUUAGAAUUGGAUUUCUGGUGAAGGAUAAACCUCCUUAGUAGGGUUUUAUCGCACAUUGUAUUUGAGUUGUUCGGGUCGAUGCAUUUAUUUAGCUUCGAUUCGAUCUAGGGUUUUCACUUCUGGGUGUUUUUGCUCGAAGGAGCUUUGGUUGUUUCCUACGUAAGUAUAUAUAUUUUUCUUCUUUUUGAGGAUUUUAUUCUUUCGUGGAAAGUUUUGGGCGAUAGGGAUAAAUUAUUUAUUUAGUGUGCGGAUUUCUUGUCGGAUUCUAGGUUUCAUGGUUUGUAUUUUAGGCUUUGGGAGGGUUAAUAUUGCUUGAAUUCAGUGAACUCGGGGAUUUCAGGCUUUUAUUAAAGGACCAUUUAGAAUUCUUUCGCCAUUGGAGAUGAUGAAUUUUUGUUAGCGACCCAGUUGAAUGGUAAUUUUCAUUCUUUGUUCCUCCACAUUAUUUACUUUCAGGAGGGCUACUGUGUGUGUUGAGCCUUUUUGGUUAAACUCCAAACAUGUUGCAAGAAAAAGGAUCAAUAAUGUCCAAAGAAGGGAACUGCUGGUGCUAUUGAAUUGAAAUUAUUGUUAUAUUGACCUCCUUCCUGAAAAUUUUAAAAAUUUUGAAUAAAAUUUGUCCUGUUGAAAAUCAAAGCUAAUUAUAUUGCGAACCAGAAGCUGAGCAUUGCCAUGAUAUUGCACCUUACGGAUAUCCAUAUUUAUUGAAAGUGAGCUGAGGAAUAAAACUUAAUUGUCAAAGUUGACAUGUGCAGUUAUUGGGAGUUAAUCUUAUGGCGCCAACUGUUCCUAUAGAGUUUGUUGGACAGAAGGAAUCAAGGAAGUGUUGGCUUCCACAACCAAUGGGGAAAUCAAGGAAGUACUCUAAAGGGCAUUCCUCUGAUUUUAUUCCUGAGUACAGGCAUGCUGUUGAGACUGUUGGUGAAUCUGAGGGAUUUGGGAGUUCUGGGCGAGUUGACGCUGAAAUGACAGCAUCGGAGGAUUCAUAUGCUCCCAAGAGGAAAUGUAUGAGUCUGAAUCUAGAUGGUUAUGAUGGUUUUGGCGUCCCAAUGCAAGUCUUGCCAUUGUCAAAGAUGCCAAGGUCAGAGAGGAAGGAUUUAGAAUUUAAGUUGAAAAGAGAACUUGAGCAGGUCAGGGUCCUUCAAAGGAAAGUGGCUUCUUUGAGUUCGAAUGCAGUCGUAUUAUCACCUUCCAGUGAUAUUAGGAGUUGCAGUGAUGGCCAAAAGAGGCCUCCGCUAGAGGGCUUGCACAAGUCUUUUGAAGUAUCAGCUCCACAGAGCAAGAAACGGCCUCCUCCGGUUCGUAAUGGGGCCCAACUAAAAAAGAGUUCAUAUAGACGUCCUGAACCAGCAAAGCCAGCUGCAGCAGUGAGUACUUCUAAUGCCAUGUGGAUGAAACAGUGUGAAACCUUACUAAACCGUAUGUUGGCACAUCAAUUUGGUUGGGUUUUCAGUGAACCAGUCGAUGUGGUGAGGUUGAACAUACCGGAUUAUUUCACUGUCAUUAAAAAUCCAAUGGAUUUGGGUACGGUGAAGAGCAAGAUUGCUUCAGGUGCAUAUUCAAGUCCACUGGGGUAUGCUGCAGAUGUGCGAUUAACUUUCUCAAAUGCAAUGAAGUACAACCCACCUGGAAAUGAUGUCCAUUUCAUGGCUGAGACACAAAGUAAAUACUUUGAAGUGAGAUGGAAAGCUAUAGAGAAGAAGCUUCCUGUGACCAUUAAUGUGGAGUCAGUGCCUCCAAGAGCUGGUGUUCCUAUGGAAAUGGAAACAAAUAUUGGUAGUCUUCCUGCAAAAAAGAAGAAAAGUGCACCAAAUGACAAGAAGUUCAAGUUGGAGCCUGUUAGGCAGAUAAUGACUGAUGAGGAUAAGCAUAAGUUGAGCGCUGAAUUGGAAGCAUUGCUGGCUGAAUUACCUGAUGCCAUUAUUGAAUUUCUAAAAGAGCAUAGUCAUAAUGCUGACCAGAAUGGUGAGGAUGAAAUUGAGAUUGAUAUUGAUGCUCUCUGUGAUGAUACAUUGUUUAAAUUGCGGAAGCUUUUGGAUGAUUAUUUACUUGAGAAACAGAAAAACCGGGCCAAAACAGAACCAUGUGAAAUGGAGCUUUUUAAUAGGUCUCGGUUUAGCAAUUCAUCAUUGCAACGUUGCAAAGGCAAUGAACCAGUUGAUGAAGAUAUAGACAUUGUUGGUGGAAAUGACCCUCCUAUUUCAAGUUACCCUUCAGUAGAGAUAGAGAAGGAUGCAGCCCAAAAGAACAGUAAAUGCAGUAGUUCAAGUAGCACUAGUAGUGAAUCAGGCUCUUCUUCUGGUGAUUCGGAUUCUGGCAGUUCAUCCGGGAGUGAAUCAGAUGCAGCUAAAGCAUCAGUUCCUGGUGCUGUGACAAAGGAAGUCUUGGUAUCUGGAGAAAAUUUAGACCAAAAAAGAAGUGUGGACAGUCCAGAAAUUGGGAAUCAAUCUGCAAAUGGAUUGGCCAAAAUUGAUCCAAAGUCGUGGGGUAAGCCAAUUACUGCUGAGACCGAUGGCCAGCAAGAGGGGGAGAGUGCUCCACCUGGGAGACAAGUCUCCCCGGAUAAGCUCUAUCGUGCAGCUUUAUUAAGGAACCGUUUUGCGGACACAAUACUAAAAGCUCGAGAAAAGGCACUUGAAAAGGGUGAAAAGUGGGAUCCUGAGAAAUUGCGUGUGGAGAGGGAGGAACUUGAGCGGCGGCAAAAAGAAGAAAAGGCUCGGAUGCAAGCUGAGGCCAAGGCUGCUGAAGAAGCUCGAAGGAAAGCUGAAGCUGAAGCAGCAGCUGAAACAAAAAGGAAGAGGGAACUGGAAAGAGAAGCUGCACGUCAAGCAUUGCAACAGAUGGAAAAGACUGUUGAGAUUAAUGAGAACAGUCAGUUAAUGGAAGACCUUGAAAUGCUAAGGACUGCACAUGAUGAAGAGUUAUCGAGCUUGGUGGAGGAGACAAGCCCAGAUUUCAUUCUUCAAGGGAGUUGUAACCCAUUGGAGCAACUGGGACUAUACAUGAAGAAUGAUGAGGAGGAGGAAGUCGAACCACCCCAAAAUGUUUCAGAGUUAGACAAAGAUGUUGAGGAAGGAGAAAUUGAUUGAUGAGGCUUUUGUUUAUAUUAUUCUGUCAAUUCAAGGAUUUUAGGAAAUGGCUUUCCUGAAAGCUAUGGGUGUGCUGUGCAUUUUGGAUCUCCUCCCAUCUCUUCCACGGUCCAGUUAUAUGGGAACAUUAUGUUGUACCCUGUUCCUAAUUGACAUCGGGUGCCAAAUCCUAUGAAAGAAAUGAAACUUAACAAGAGUCUUUGGAGAAACAUGAUCAGCAGUAUGGCUUUUCGCUGUCAUCUGUGUUAAUUGUCAGUCUCGAUUUGGGGAAAUAGGUUGAAAGUUGGGAUAUGAUUAGCCAUGCGAGUGACUACUGAGCUGUGGGCUAGUGAUGAACGAGGGGCCUGAGUUUGUGGUUUGUAAAAAGGGUAUUUGUAGUUUGUAUGGAGUGAUGCACUUUUUGACUGCAUCUUACCGGAGUUGAGGAGACAUUCUAUUUGUUGUUUGAGUUGGUGGAUUGGGAGAAGGGUGUAAGAUGUAAAUGUCAAUUUUAGGCAGGAGAGUAAAACUAGGAAUUGUAAUAUGGUGUUGUUGAGUCACAUGGAAAUGACAUUCUUUAUUUCUGUUUUUCUUA